GCCCAAGCCAUUUUUCGGAGGGGCUCGAGCCCCGGGCGACCUCCAGAGCGCCCCGCUGCAGGCGUAAGCGGCAUGCGCGAGGAGGCAGAUGGCGCUCGACCGCGACCGCGCCGUCGCCUGGGUGCGCCAGGGCGGCUUCGAGCCCGCGUCGCGGUGCAGUUCCCGGACGAGCUCCUCGCGGGCGCACCGGAGCUGGUGUCCGAGCUGCAGCGCUCGCUGCCGGGCUGCAAGGUCUUCAUCCUGGGGGACUCUACCUUCGGGAGCAGCAGCGUGGACGAGGUGGGCGCUGAGCAUUUCGGCGCAGACGCCAUCAUACACGUCGGGCCGUCGGACCAGCAGCACGGCUGCGCCGUGCCCGUGCUCUUCAGCACGGCCCCCUGCGCGCCGCCCGGGGCGGGGGCGCUGGCGGCGGCCCUGCGGCAGGAGCCCCCGACGUCCCUGGUGCUGCUCUGCGACGUGUCCCUGCAGCACGCCGCCUCCGAGCUGGCGGCCGCGCUCAAGGCGCAGGUCCCCGGGCUGGGCGACGUGCUGGUCGCGGAGCCGCAGCUGCAGGCCGCGGGCGGCAGCGGCAGCCCCGCGCGCUGGCGCGACUGGCGCUUUGGUGCGCUGCCGCUGGGCAGCGCCUGGUGGGCCUCCCUGGGCACCGCCACGCUCGCGGCCGCCGCCACGCCGCGGCCCCUGCGGCUGUGCGGGCGGGAGGUCCGCGGCGCCCCGGGAGGGGCAGCUGCGGGACUGCCCGACGGGUGCGGCGUGGUGCUCGUGGCCCCCCCCGGCGGCCCGCUGGAGGGGCCGCUGCUGCUGCGGCACGGCUGCGCCCGCCCGGUCUGGCGCCUGGACCCCUCCGGGGGCGGCGUCGAGCGCCUGUGCAGCACCGCGCUGCUGAUGCAGAGGUACCGCCUGGUGGAGCUGGCGAGGGCCGCGGGCACCUUCGGGCUGCUGGUCACCCCGUCGUACGCGGCGCACGUCCAGGCGGUCGCGGACCGGCUCGAGCUCCUGCUGCGGCGCUCAGGUCGGCGGGUGUACCGCUUCGUGAUGGGCAAGGUCGCCGCGGAGAAGCUCGGGAGCUACCCCGCGGUAGAGUGCUUCGUGUCCCUCGCCACCCCGGAGCACUUCCCCUUCGUCACGAAGGACCUCCCGGUGCCGAUCGCCUCCCCCUACGAGCUCGAGGUGGCGCUGGGCGCGCGCGAGUGGACCGGCGACUACGUCUAGCGUCACCGACCUGGACGAGCUCCUGAGCCACCCGCUGCCGCGCGGCCCCGCGGCCGAGGACUCGCUGGCCGUGCAGACCCUCGGCAGCCGGGCCCGGGUCCACCACUUCUCCGCCGGCGCGGCCGGCGGCGGCGGCGGCCGGGCUGGGGCGGACUGGGCCGGGGCGGACCCCGCGGCGGCCG